AUGACGGUACAGCUCUUCAAGAACGCGCUCUUCUUCACGGCGCAAGCCGAGGAGCUUGACGCUGCAUCCUUGCUCAAGCAAGACUACUCGGACCAUUCCGCUAUCGCCAACAGGUUCGCAGAAUGCAUCGUAGCGCAGGACGGCAAGCUCGCGUACGUAGGCGACGUCGCCGGCAUCCCUGCAGAGCUCAAGUCGAAAGCAAAGCAGGUCGAUCUCGGCGGCGGCAAGCUCGUCGUUCCUGGCUUCAUCGAUGCACACACGCAUCUGCUCAACUUCGGUCAGUCCCUCGACAAGGUCGACGUCGGCAAGUGCAAGAACCUCGAGCAGAUUCAGGCAAAGAUCAAGGAGGCGGCAGAGGCCAAGCCGGAUGCACCUAGGAUCUUGGCAGCGGUGUGGAUGCAGAACAGCACCGACGGCAAAGCGCUCGCUUCGUGGAUCGACGAGGUGGUACCAGACCGACCGGUGUACAUCGAGUCGUUCGACUUGCACUCGCACUGGUGCAACACCAAGGCGCUCGAAGAGCUAGGCAUCACCGACGAUACGCCGAACCCGGAAGGUGGAGAGAUUGUGCGCGAUCCCGCGACCGGCAAGGCUUCGGGUCUGUUGCUGGAGAUGGCCAACAUUCUCUACGUCUGGCCGAAGCUGGCCAACCUAGCAACAAAAGAGGAGCAGGAAGCCGCCUUCAUGCGGGCUUCUGAGUCGUACCACGAAAGCGGCUUCACCGGCGGAAUCGAUAUGGCGCUCGACCCGCUCUCGCUCGACUGCAUCCUGCGUAUCAAGGCCAAGAUGAAGGGCAAGCUGCCCAUCCGAGUCGCGGCGCACUGGCUCGUCCGACCCGAGACCGAGCUCGAUGCAUGCAUCGAGCAGGUCAAACACGCCCACGAGCUGAGCCAGAAGCACAAGGACGAAUGGUUCCGCAUCGUCGGCAUCAAGCUCGUGUGCGACGGCGUCAUCGACAGCUGCACCGCCGCGCUCAAGGAGCCCUACUACAACAAGACCAACGCCGACGUCAUGUGGCCCCUGCCUCUGCUCUCCUCGGUCGUACAGUAUGCCGACUCGGUCGACCUGCAAGUGGCCAUCCACGCGAUUGGAGACAUGGCGGUCCACACGGCUGUCGAGGCCAUCGCCACGCUCGGCGAGAAGCUGGCUGCGAAAGGUCUUUCGAUCCGCGACCGUCGCCACCGCAUUGAGCACCUUGAGCUUACCGACCCCAAAGACGUCGAGAAGCUCGGCAGGCUCGGCAUCACCGCUAGCAUCCAGGGCGUCCACUGCGAUCCCAGCAUCAUGGAAGGGUGGUGCAAGAUGCUCGGCGACAACUACAACGAAGGGCGGUGCUCGAGAGCUUUUGCGUUCCGCGAAUUUGUCGAGGCAGGGGCACCCAUCGCGCUCGGCUCGGAUGCGCCCACCGCUCACCACUGGAUUCUGCCCAACCUGUACACUGCCGUCACAAGACGAUCGGGGAGAGAGCCGGAGCUCGAGGGAAGGACAACGCCGCAGUUUGCGCUGCCGCUAGCGAUGGCCGUAGCAGCAGCGACGUAUGGGGCCGCGCACAGCUGCAAGGCCGAGGGCUGGUCAGGCACGCUCGAGACGGGCAAGAGCGCUGACUUUGUGGUGCUCGACACUGACCUCUUCAAGGAGCACGGGGAGGGAGACAAGGAACAGACGAUCCUCAAGACCAAGAUCCUGCAAACCUGGCUACAGGGAGAGAAGGUAUACCAGAGGCCAGCGGAGGGCGUCAAGAAGGCGAAGAGUGGGGCGAGUUGCACGCUGCUCUGA